AGCUGCACAGUUGGAGGGUGAGCGUGUCCCUGCUGAUCUGAGCUCUGCGGGCCACAGGGACCCAGGUCUUCCUGAAGCGUCUCCAGGGCCCGGGUGACACUGUCCAUGGCUGCUGAUGUGACAACCCUGUGACAGGGAGGACCGGCCUCUAAGUGACCACCAUCUGUGUGUCUCUGUGUACAUCCUGCUGGCCCUGCGAUCUCCUCCAUCCACUCAGCUGAGGCCACAGGGAGAAGACGCCAUGACCCCCACCCUCAUGGCCCUGCUCUGCCUCGGGCUGAGUGUGGGCCUCAGGACCCCAGUGCAGGCAGGGCCCCUCCCCAAGCCCACCCUCUGGGCUGAGCCAAGCCCUGUGAUCCCCCGGGGGAGCCCCGUGACCAUCUGGUGUGAGGGGACCUCAGGGGCUGAGGAGUACCAUCUGGAGAAAGAGGGAAGCCCAGCACCAUGGAAAAGACAGAAGCUACAGGAGCCAGGAGACAAGGCCAAGUUCUCCAUCACACACAUGACAGAGCAUGAUGCAGGGAGAUAUCAGUGUUACUACCUCAGCUCCAAAAGCGGGUCAGAGCGCAGUGACCCCCUGGAGCUGGUGGUGACAGGAUCCUACAGCAAACCCAGCCUCUCAGCCCUGCCCAGCCCUGUGGUGACCUCAGGAGGGAAUGUGACCCUCAGGUGUGGCUCAGGGCAGGGAUUUGACAGGUUCAUUCUGACUGAGGAAGGAGACCACAGGCUCUCCUGGACCCUGGACUCACAGCCACAGCCCAGUGGGCAGUCCCAGGCCCUGUUUCCUGUGGGCCCCGUGACCCCCAUUCACAGAUGGACAUUAAGAUGCUAUGGCUGCUACAGGAAUAUAUCUCAGGUGUGCUCACCACUUAGUGACCCCCUGGAGCUCCUGGUCCCAGGUAAGUCUCCGAAGCCCUCCCUCCUCAGCCAGCAGGGCCCCAUCGUGGCCUCUGGACAGAGCCUGACCCUCCAGUGUCGCUCUGAUAUCGGCUAUGACAGAUUCGCUCUGCACAAGGAGGGGGGACGGGACCUCCCCCAGAGCCUUGUCCUGCAGCCCCAGGCUGGGCUCUCUCAGGCCCACUUCCCCCUGGACAUUACCAAUGGCUCCCACGGGGGCCGGUACAGAUGCUACGGUGGAUACAACGUCUCCUCUGAGUGGUCGGCCCCCAGUGACCCCCUGGACAUCCUGGUGGCAGGAAUGUACAGGAAACCCUCCCUCUCAGCCCAGCCGGGACCCUCAGUGCCCUGGGGAGUGAACGUGACCCUGCAGUGUGUGUCUGAGAUCUGGUUGGACACCUUCCACCUGCACAGGGAGGGGUCACUGGACCCUCCUCAGCACCUUCAUCUGCAGAACACGUCUGCACCCUUUCAGGCCACCUUCACCCUCAGUCCUGUGAGCUCAGCCCACCAGGGGACCUACAGGUGCUAUGGUUCAAACAGCACCUCCCCCUACCUGCUGUCACAGCCCAGCGACCCCCUGGAAGUGGUGGUCUCAGGAGUGUAUGGUGCACCCUCCCUCUCAGCCCAGCCAAGCCCUGUGGUGGCCUCAGGAGAGAAUGUGUCCCUCUCCUGCAGCUCUAACCUCACAUCGGGCCCUUUCCAUCUGCUGAAGGAGGGAGGGGCUGACCCGCCCCGACACAUGGAAGCUGAACCCAGGACCCAUGCUGGGAGGCAGUGGGUCAAGGCCAUCUUCCCUCUGGGCCCUGUGAGCACCUUCCAUGGGGGGACCUACAGAUGCUAUGGUUCUUCCAGCUCCUACCCCAAUGUGUGGUCACCACCCAGUGAGCCCCUGGAGCUGGUGGUCUCAGGUCUCAAAUGGUACCUGAUUGUCCUGAUCGGGGUCUUGGUGGCCCUGGUCCUACUGCUCUCACUCUUCUUCCUCCUCCUCCGACACCAGCGGCGCCAGAGCAAAGGCAGGACGUCAAAUGCUGUCGCGAAAGACACACAGCCUGAGCGGGAAAGACAGCUGGACCGUCAGGCUGCGGCACCUGAAGACCCCCAGGAUGUGACCUACGCCCAGCUCAAGCCCUUGACCCUCAGCCAGCAGUCAAGUGCACCCCCUUCCUCCCCAUCAGAGGAGCCCCGAGAAGAGCCCAGCUUGUAUGCUUCUCUGGCCAUGCACUAGCCCAGCAAAGACCCAGACCCCACACUCCAGGGAGGUCCGUGCAGGGACCCUAAAAGGCGUGAAAGCUGCUGCCAUGGACACUCAGGUAGUGACCCCUGCCAGCCUGGAGACCUGACGUGCCCCCAGCAGCUCCUGGGACCUUUUGGAAGUUAACUGCUUCCAGGAACUGCGUCGUUACUCAGCUGACUUACAGACCCCGCCACAGGGACCCUGCUGACUGCAAGGAUCCCAGGGAACUGCCAUCGAGGCAGUAAGUAUGCAAGUGGCAACCUCGGGCUGAGGGGGGGCCUACUGCCCGGCCACUGUCACUGUGCACUUAACUGAGCCCAAAAGUUCCCAGACGGGGACCAACCACAGGACGCAAGGUGGCUGCACCACUGAGGGGUUGCUCAACUUCGUGUUCCUCAUUUCCCAAGACUCAGCCACUUCCUCCCCUGAGAAAGCGUCUCACCAAGAAAAAGAGAAGCCUGCUCCCUCCUGACCACUUCUUCAUCCCCCAGACCCAGGGGGAGGGGCGCUACUCCAUGGCCACUAACCAUUCCCCACUUCACUUAAAUCUCAAGACAGAACUGGGAAUCCACCCAUCAACCAUCCUGUAACCAGCUGUGAAAUGAGCCUGUAGAUCUUGUCAAUUAAAACUCAUCAGCAAACCAA